GCUCCGCCGUCUGCUUCAGACAAGAGGAACAGCUUCAGCGGCCGCACGCCGAGCGCACAAUAGCCACACACAGUACACGGGGAUCUCUGUACGGAUAAAAUCCCGAUCGUAUAUUUGGAGUAUUACCGGUUCGUCGCAAUCGAUAUCACGGUAUCACUAAUGCUGAUCGGAUACGUUAUUGAUCAUCGACACUAUCGCCAUGAGCGGGGUUCUCAAGAGGAAGUAUGAGGAGGUGGAGGAGGACCCAUGCUAUUCCUCCUCCUCCCCCUCCUCUCUCUCCUCCUCCGCCUACUCGGAGUGGGACUCAGGCGGGGAGAGCUGCUACUCGGACACCCUGGAUUCAACCCCCAGCAAUCCGAGCUCUCCAGCAACAACAUUUAACACCACGUCCAUUCUGAAGAAAGCCAAGCGCACGCGGCGAGGAAACGUGCAGUUCGACCAGGUGACGGUUUUCUUCUUCCCGCGCUGCCAGGGCUUCACCAGCGUGCCCAGCCGUGGAGGCUGUACCCUCGGUAUGGUGCAGAGACACAGCGCGCAACAAUGCUACACGCUGGCCGAGUUUGCUGUAGAACAGCGCCACCUACGGAGGGAGAAACUUAAAAACAGAAUGAAGGAGGAGAAACUGGAAGCUCUCAAGCUGAAGCUUACUAAAAAUGGUACCCGAGAAUCCGAAGAAGCUGACAAGUUGACUGUGGAUGACAUCCCCGAGGAAGAAAUCGACCUCAGCGGCGUCAACCUUGGGGACGGGUCCUUCCUCCAUCCCUACCCCUCAAAGAGAAGACACGCUAUUCUGAAAGCAGCUGGCGUGAAGAAAAUCGAUAAGGAGGAGAAGCGCCAACUGCACGAGCUGCGUAUGUCGAGGGAGGACUGCGGGUGCGACUGUCAGGGCUUCUGUGAGCCAGAAACCUGCAGCUGUAGUCUGGCUGGGAUCAAAUGUCAGAUGGACCACUCAUCCUUCCCCUGUGGCUGCACUAAAGACGGGUGUGGGAACACGCAGGGCCGCAUCGAGUUUAACUCUAGCCGAGUUCAAACCCACUACAUCCACACUAUCAUGAAGCUAGAGCUGGAGAAGCGUCUGGAGGAGCACGCGACGACUGAGGUCUCCGAAGAACAGCCUGUCUGCACUUCCCCAGCAUGUCCAGCAGAGGGCAGCACCGUAACUGAGAGGCCGACUUUCCACUUUAAUUCAGAGCUUGUGGCUGCGGCUGAGAACAGCUGUAGCAGCGACAUGACUGAUUCGUCUAGAUCUUCAGGACAAAGCGAAGACUCUGAAGGUGCCGAAAGCUGUCGGAGCGAGCAAUCAUCGCUGGAUGUCGAUGAAAAUGGACUGACGAGAAUUUUAAGCUUUAGCGACACUGACGAGGAUUUUUCUGGUAGGGAUGGAGACACCAAAAGUAGCAAUGAUAACCAGCAGCAAAGGAGUGAGUCGGUGGGUUACGGGAUCUUUAGCACAGCCGACAACAAACUCAGCGCAUCGCAAACGGACUCUAGCACGAAUAACAGUCGUACAGCCAUGUCUGAGCUUUUGGACGAGAACGCUAAUCAAGGCAACGGUCUAUUCCACAGCGGGUCCGUACCGCACACCCCCUCGCCCUCCAUAGAUCGUUCGGCCAGCUAUAUGGACCUAAGCCUCUCUUCAGAGUCGGACCUGGAAUUUUUUGACGAGUUUCCUUGUCUGGGACCAAGCUCGCUGUACAACUCCCUGAAGGAGUACGAGCAUGUGGACAACUUCUUUCAGUUCCAGUUGCCUAGUUACCCCAGCCUUCCUCAAGCUGCUGACCAGGGCACCUGUUUCCUGGAGUCUCUGAUAGGCUUGUCAGAUUCUGUCCCAGAACCCCCUGUCACCUUCACGGACAAUCAGAUGCUGGAGGACGCCAUGAAACUGUCUGUUAUGGAAUCUGUCAAAGUGUAGGGGGGACGCUGUGUUUGAAUGAUCACUGGGGGGUUGUAAAUGAAUUUCAUCUUUUUUUGUCCUUGAACAGCUCUCCAGCGCUAAUAUUUGCAUUAUCUGCCUUUAAGAUGUUAGCAAAGCAUUAAUUUAUUAUAACAAUCUUUAUUAUCAUUAUUUGUAUUGCCAUACUAGUGGCAGCUAACAUUUCAGUUAAAAAAAAAAGUCUGGCCAACUGAUAUUUUGGAAGUGGCCCGGAAGGUGAAGAGUUUCUCACCCACAUUGUUGGUAUUAUCUAUUACUAUUAUUAUUAUUAUUGCUCAAGUUAUUUAUAUGAAUUCAAAAGGGGCACAGAUGGGAGUCUUGAAGUUGUGCUGAUUAUGUAUCUCAGGGACUUUUUCUAGCUUUCGGAAGCAAUGCAAUUUGACCAUCGCUGUUAUGAAUCUUAUUUGGCUUUUUCUGAGAGUUUCCACCAAAACACAAAACAGCAUUUAAUGGCCCUUUGGGAGGUCUCUGUUGCUUUUGGACUAUAUGGUGGUCUGUACUUUAUUGCAAAGCUAGAGGAAACUCCUGUUCUACAAAUGGCUCCUUGGGAUUUUUAAUGGUACACGAAUCCCCCCCCCCCCCCGAGGCUUCUCAGUUAGCACUUUAUCUGUGAAAGAAAACGAACCAAUCAGACAACAGAUGGGUCAGUCUCGUUUUGCCCUGUUGUCUUUGAGUUUAAGAUUAUUUUCAUACAACUUGUGGUGUUUAUCAUCAGCACAAAGAAAGCGAGCGUUGUUUCUAAUUUAUGACACACACCACAGAUAUCUCAGUUGUAAAUCGUAUUCAUUAUGGAAAAGCAUAAUAUAACUGUGAUAUCUAUUGACCAUUGCUUUUAUUUAUUCUUGCCGAGUUAUUUAUUUUUGUUUUUUCCUUGAAUGCCAGCUAAAUAUAUCUGAGCCACACUGUGCUCUGGAGAAGUGAAAAAAAAUUUUUGGGGCUCUGUUCACACUUCCCACCUUAAAUACUUUAACCUGUGUGAAGCACAUCUUUAUGUCCCUUAAAUAAUGUUUGUAGCUGUGGAGAAAGGGGCACCAACAGCAAAGUAUUUAAUUAUCUAUUCUAUUACUAUUACUAUGAAGUAACACUUUGGUUAAAUUAUUUCACAGUUAGCAUUUCAGCGAGACUUAAUUUAUUCAUUGUUUGGGCAAUAAAAGAUGAUGGUGUGUUUAAUAAAAAGGUUUACUGUUUGUGCCUGUUUAACACAAGGAGUCGCCGCUGUUUAAUAAACAAGAUUCUUUAAUAGCUGAUGCUGUAUAACCUACCUAUUGAUUCAAUUGUGGGUCUGUUGCCUACGAUAUAGAGAAUUAACAUUUUGUAACUAUGUAGAUUUGAGAGAAUUCUAAUCUGUAUUAUUGACAAAUUAUUUUAUUAAGAAAUGAAAUCCACAAUGUUCUUCAAAUAUGGAAACGUUUGUAAUAUAUGAAUAGAGCUAAAUUUAUGGUUAUUAUAGCCAGGCAUACGGCAGGUGUUUGCAUAGUAAGAACACAGGCACAGAAAUAUUUCUUUCAAGUGUCUCUACAAUGUAACUACCUAAAUGAAUUUAUCAAGCUAAAUUACUCCGAAUGGUUGGGCAGACACAACUGACAACAUGAAUUGUGGAUAUAAAUUAAUCGUUUCAAAAACGUUCUGUGGAUUAAGCCUGCAUAUAUUAUGCAACGUACCAUAUUAUGCAAAGAAAAUGCAUUUGUGUUGCCCAUAUUGUUUCCACUUCAAAAUGAAGACCGAUAAAGAUUUGUAUGUUUCUGAAUGAGUUCGAAGGAACUGAGCUAAUGUACAUAUCUGACCAUCUGGAUCAGCCUUAUUUGACCUAAUAAGAGCAUUUGCAUGCCAAAUCUGUUUAUACAUUCGUCUCCAUACUACAUGUUUAGAGAGCAGAAAUGCACAAUCAGAAAUGUAUUCGCUUGUUUGCCUUCAUGUGCUGUUCUUCAAAUCGAUUAGAUUCAUAUCCAUGGCCAAGUGGGCAUGGCUUCAUUCAUUCAAGUCCAGUUUAUUCCCUUGUAAAGAUGCAUCACCUCAUCACGAUGGAAAUGAUGUUAUUUAUUAGUCAUGACUGGUGUAUGUUUUGAUCUCUGAUGCUUUGCAAAGUGUUUCUUACUUCUGCCUUUUUGUUGUAUAUAUUUUCUGCUUACAUGAAGACGAAAACCAAGCAGUUCUUUUAUAUUAUAUAUUUUCACGCUUAACAGUUUCAAGCUGUUCAUUUCAUGUCAUUUGACGGUAGUUUGUUCCUUCAAAAUAAAAGUCCAGCUUUUUGUUAAA